AUGAACAAGGAGAGCCCGUCGACUGUUGCGAGCCUUACGGAGGCAACUAAUACAAUCCGCUCACCGAAAGAAGAUGAAUCAACAUUGGAGUCCAACUAUCCAACUGAUGUCUUCCAGAUCUCGCCUACGGUAGCACUGGGACUGCUGUGCACAGGUAUUGAAAUGCUUGUGGAAUCGUCAGCAGAAGAAGUGGGUUAUUUCCGAGGAGCUGCCGUUCCUGUCCCCGGGCCCCUGGUCCACAGCGACAGUAUAUCUAGCGGGGAAUCUACGCCGAUAAGGGUCACUGGGUUAUGUCGCUCCACAGAAAGCUACGAUGAAGCAGGUCGUCACCUAAAACAGCAGAGUGUGCUGUCAAAACGAUUCUCUUCGAAACGCCAGCCACCGAUCACGCUGCAGGAGUAUUUGCUGCGUAUGCACAAGUUCUGCCCUAUGUCUACAGGUGUUUAUCUGGCUACAAGCAUGUACAUCAUGAGAAUGGCGACUACUGAACGGGUGAUAGUCGUCAGCCGGAAGAAUAUGCAUCGUCUGGUGCUUGCUGGACUUCGCGUGGCGAUGAAGUCCUUGGAAGACCUCAGCUACCCCCACAGCCGCGUUGCUAAGGUAGGGGGUGUGACUGAGCGCGAACUGUCGAGGCUCGAAAUCAGUUUCUGUUUCCUUGCGGAUUUCGAACUACGAGUCGAUGCGGAUAUGCUCGUCGACCAAUUAAGAUUACUCCGAGAGAUAGGCUGUUGCGGGGAUCCCCUCCGUUGA